AUGGCGGCGGGCAUGGAGCAGAGGCUGGGCAGCCUGACCAUCUUCACUCGGGAUGACUUCGAGGGCAACUGGCUCCUCGUGGCCAGCGGUGGCUUCGGCCAAGUGUUCCAGGCACGGCACAAGCGCUGGCACAUGGACUACGCCAUCAAGUGCUCCCCCUGCCUCCUGCCUGAAGCCACCAGCUCUGAUGUGAAUUGCCUCAUUGAAGAAGCAGCCAAAAUGGAGAAGAUCAAGUUCCAGCACAUUGUGUCCAUCUACGGGGUGUGCAAACAGCCCCUGGGCAUUGUGAUGGAGUUCAUGGCCAAUGGCUCCCUGGAGAAGCUGCUGCCCACCCACCGCCUCAGCUGGCAGCUCAAAUUCCACAUCAUCCAUGAAACCAGCCUGGCUAUGAAUUUUCUCCACAGCAUGAAGCCACCUCUGCUCCACCUGGACCUCAAGCCAGGCAACAUCCUCCUGGACAGCAACAUGCAUGUCAAGAUUUCCGACUUUGGCCUGUCCCGGUGGAUGGAACAAUCCACCCACAGGCAGUACAUUGAGAGGUCAGCGCUGCGUGGCACCCUCAGCUACAUCCCCCCUGAGAUGUUCCUGGACAGCAACCAGGCCCCUGGACCCAAAUACGACGUGUACAGCUUCGGGAUCGUCAUCUGGGAGAUAAUCACGCAGAGGAAACCCUACUCAGGCUUCAGUAUGAUGACCAUCAUCGUCAGAGUGGCAGCCGGCACACGGCCCCCAGUGCAGCCUGACUCCCAUGAAUGGCCCAAUGAAACACAGCACAUGGCAGAGCUGAUGAGAUGCUGUUGGGACCAGGACCCCGAGAAGAGGCCGAGCUUCUCAGAUAUCAUCCUAGACACCAACUUGCUGCUGUCUCUGAUGGACAGUCCCAUAGCUGACCCUGAGAGUGAGGCACUGGCUCGGAAGGUGUCGGGCAAGGCCUCACCGCACUGGCCUCAGGAGGUCAGUGAGGAAGUUGGCCAGAAGCUGGUGGACAGUGAGUCAGGAACAGAUUGGAAGCAAAUCCUGCAGCUCUCAGACACCGAGAGCCUGGCGGCCAGCCUGUAUGAGAACAAGGUGACAGCACUGCACUUCCUGGUGGCCCAGGGCAGCGUGGAGCAUGUAAGACAGCUGCUGGCCCAUGAAGGUGACGUGGACUGCCAGACAGCCUGUGGCUACACUCCCCUGCUUAUUGCUGCCCAGGACCGGCAGCCCGACCUCUGCGCCCUGCUGCUGGAGCACGGGGCCGAUGCCAACCUGGCCGACGAGGAUGGCUGGGCCCCGCUGCAUUUUGCUGCACAAAAUGGGGAUGACCGCACAGCCCGCCUGCUCCUGGACCAUGGGGCUCUCGUGGAUGCCCAGGAACAUGACGGGUGGACCCCUCUUCACCUGGCGGCUCAGAACAACUUUGAGAAUGUGGCACGGCUCCUGGUCUCCCGGCAGGCGGACCCCAACCUACAGGAGGCUGAGGGGAAGACACCCCUGCAUGUGGCUGCCUGCUUUGGCCAUGUGGGCCUGGUGAAGCUGCUCAUAGGCCAGGGGGCAGGGCUGAACGCCCAGCAGAGAAACCUGAGGACCCCGCUGCACCUGGCCGUGGAGCAAGGCAAAGUAAGAGCUAUUCAACACCUGCUGAAGAGUGGGGCAGCUGCCAACGCCCUGGACAAGAGCGGCUACAGCCCCCUGCACACGGCAGCUGCCCUGGGCAAAUACCUCAUCUGCAAAAUGCUGCUUCGUCAUGGCGCCUGCCCUGAGCUGCCCACCGAGCAGGGCUGGACACCCCUGCACCUGGCCGCCUAUAGGGGCCACCUGGAGGUCAUCCAUCUGUUGGCCGAGAGCCAGGCAGACCUGGGGGCCCCUGGUGGCAUGGGCUGGACUCCCCUGCACCUGGCCGCCCGCCAUGGUGAAGAGGUCGUAGUGUCGACACUGCUACGGUGCGGGGCUAAUCCCAAUGCGGCUGAGCAAUCGGGCUGGACGCCCCUGCACCUGGCUGUACAAAGGGGUGCCUUCCUGAGCGUCAUCAACCUCCUGGAACACCAGGCCAACGUGCACGCUCACAAUCGGGUGGGCUGGACGCCUGCCCACCUAGCUGCCCUCCAGGGAAACAUGGCCAUCCUCAAAGUGCUGGUAAAAGCUGGGGCCCAGCUGGACACAGAGGAUGGGGAGGGCUGCACGCCGCUGCAGCUGGCUCUCCAAGACUAUAAGCAGAGUGCAGUAGCCUUUCUCCAGGGCAAGGAGCCUGCCAUGGCCCUUCUGGAUGGACCUGAGCCUGGGGCACAGACAGAAGUCUAG